GAGUCCACAAGGCGCCACAGACAUCAACUGUGUUUCACAAAGUUUAAAUAUGUAACAAAGUUUCCUCAGAGGGAGUUUUUUCCUGCUUCUAACCGGAUCUAACCUCCGCGGCGGAAGUGUUCUUUUGACGCACCGUCGAGCGGCAGUGCGGCGGCGGCGACCGCUGCCGCUGCCGCUGCUGCUGCUGCCGCAGCGGCAGAUCCUUCCGCCGACGACAAACUGACACAGUUCAAAACUCAAAUAAUAUAAACGGAAAAUGAAAACUAAAAGAUUUAACUGUAAAAGUGACAUUGAAAUUAAAAAAUAUAUUUGAAAAUGAGUCUCAAAAACCCAUCAAUAUCAAUUGUACAGAUAAAUCAAACUGUAAACUGCAUAACUUCACAUGCAAACAUGUUUAAUUUAUCUACGUGUUAAAUUAUGAUCGCAUCAUGACGUCGUAUAUAAGCUAUGAAGCUAAUUAAAUGUUAAUUGUUUCAGUUUUUCACCACGUUUAUGAGUUCGUCCUCCUGCACUGAGUGUUGAUGACCAGCAGAGGGAGACACCGCCCGGCGUUCCGACUCCUGACAGCAGAACGACUGCUCCCUCUCACAGUCAAACAGAUCAUAGAAGAAGGUGUUACAGAGUCAGACAGGUGACUCCUCCCACCUGCUCCGUACUCGGACAGGUGACUCCUCCCACCUGCUCCAGAGUCAGACAGGUGACUCUUCCCACCUGCUCCAGAGUCAGACAGGUGACUCCUCCCACCUGCUCCAGAGUCGGACAGGUGACUCCUCCCACCUGCUCCAGAGUCGGACAGGUGACUCCUCCCACCUGAAGCUUCUGGAACAACAACAUCACCGUGGCUCGUGCCGCAGCCAUCUGCCAAUAACAAGAGAGACACUCACACUCACGCACGCGCACGCGCACGGUGACCGAAUCUCCAGCUCCUCAGAUGUGCGCGCGGCGGGACGCGGCUGAGGCUCCUCGCGCUGCAGCAGGACCGCAGGAUGGCGGGAGGACGGCGGGGUCUCGUGGCCCCUCAGAACACGUUCCUGGAGAACAUCGUCCGCCGGUCCAACGUUUGGACAUUAUCACAUAGACAGACAGAUACUAACUUCGUGCUGGGAAACGCUCAGAUCGUCGACUGGCCGAUCGUCUACAGCAACGACGGCUUCUGCAAAUUAUCGGGGUACCACCGGGCCGAGGUGAUGCAGAAGAGCAGCACCUGCAGCUUCAUGUACGGCGAGCUGACGGACAAAGAGAUGAGUGAGAAGGUUCGUCAGACCUUUGAGAACUACGAGAUGAACUCGUUUGAGAUUCUAAUGUACAAGAAAAACCGGAUGCCGGUGUGGUUCUUCGUGAAGAUCGCUCCAAUCAGGAACGAGCAGGACAAAGUCGUCUUGUUCCUCUGCACCUUCAGCGACAUCACCGCCUUCAAGCAGCCAAUCGAGGACGACUCUUCAAAAAGUUGGGGAAAGUUCGCCCGUCUGACUCGUGCGUUGACGAGCAGUCGAGGAGUUCUACAGCAACUCGCCCCCGCCGUCCAUAAAGGAGAGAACGUCCACAAACACUCGCGACUGGCAGAGGUUCUCCAGCUGGGCUCGGACAUCUUGCCUCAGUACAAACAGGAAACGCCGAAGACGCCGCCGCACAUCAUCCUGCACUACUGCCUCUUCAAGACCACGUGGGACUGGGUCAUCCUCAUCCUCACCUUCUACACCGCCAUCAUGGUGCCGUACAACGUCUCCUUCAAGACCAAGCAGAACAACGUCACCUGGCUGGUGGUGGACAGCAUCGUGGACGUCAUCUUCCUCGUCGACAUCGUCCUCAACUUCCACACCACCUUCGUCGGCCCGGCCGGAGAGGUCAUCUCCGACCCGAAGCUCAUCCGCAUGAACUACGUCAAGACGUGGUUCGUCAUCGACCUGCUGUCCUGUUUGCCCUACGACGUCAUCAACGCCUUCGAGAACGUGGACGAGGGGAUCAGCAGCCUCUUCAGCUCCCUCAAAGUCGUCCGUCUGCUGCGUUUGGGUCGAGUCGCCCGGAAGCUGGACCACUACAUCGAGUACGGAGCGGCCGUGCUGGUGCUGCUGGUGUGCGUGUUCGGCCUGGCGGCCCACUGGCUGGCCUGCAUCUGGUACAGCAUCGGGGACUACGAGGUGAUCGACGAGGACGCCAACGCGGUGAGGAUGGACAGCUGGCUGUACCUGCUGGGGGAGACGGUGGGCACGCCGUACCGGUUCAACGCCUCGGGCUCGGGCCGCUGGGAGGGCGGGCCGAGCAAAGACUCGGUCUACAUCACCUCGUUGUACUUCACCAUGACGAGUCUGACCAGCAUCGGCUUCGGAAACAUCGCGCCGAACACGGACGGAGAGAAGAUCUUCGCCGUGGCCAUGAUGAUGAUCGGAUCACUGCUCUACGCCACCAUCUUCGGUAACGUCACCACCAUCUUCCAGCAGAUGUACGCCAACACCAACCGCUACCACGAGAUGCUCAACAGCGUCAGAGACUUCCUCAAACUCUACCAGGUCCCCAAAGGCCUCAGCGAGCGGGUGAUGGACUACAUCGUGUCCACGUGGUCCAUGUCCAGAGGCAUCGACACCGACAAGGUGCUCCAGAUUUGUCCUAAAGACAUGCGAGCGGACAUCUGCGUCCACCUCAACAGGAAGGUGUUCAAGGAGCACCCGGCGUUCCGGCUGGCAAGCGACGGCUGCCUGCGAGCCCUCGCCAUGGAGUUCCAGACCAGCCACAGCGCGCCUGGCGACCUCAUCUACCACGCCGGCGAGAGCGUGGACAGCCUCUGCUUCGUGGUGUCGGGCUCACUGGAGGUCAUCCAGGACGACGAGGUGGUCGCCAUCUUGGGUAAAGGCGACGUGUUCGGCGACGUCUUCUGGAAGGAGAUGACUCUGGCUCAGUCCUGCGCCAACGUCCGGGCGUUGACCUACUGUGACCUCCACGUCAUCAAAAGGGACGAGCUGCAGAAAGUCCUGGAGUUUUACUCCAACUUCGCAAACCACUUUGCCCGGAACCUGGUCCUCACCUACAACCUGAGGAAGAGGAUUGUCUUCCGGAAGAUAAGUGAUGUGAAGCGCGAAGAGGAGGAGAUGCUGAAGAGGAAGAACGAGGCUCCUCUGAAUCUCCCUCCAGACCACCCAGUCCGACGACUCUUCCAGCGUUUCCGACAGCAGAGGGAGGCCCGGCUUGCCGCCGAGAUGGUCAGUCCUGGUCCUGGUGAUGUGGAGAAGGGUGUUCACCUUGAGCAGCCCAGAGGUCCGGAGGUCCUGGCCUCCACUAGUAUUGUCAUGGUGACAGAGAGCCCUGCUACGCCGACCUCCUCCUCCACAUCCAACACACCCUCUUCAGCCAGGACAUUCAGCCGAGUCAUGCUCCACACUCCCACCGGCCAAAAUGGAAACCUGAGCGGCUGCAAAUCAGCAGAGCCGCCCAAAACUAAAGGUUGGGGACGAUUCAAAGAGUCGGUCGGGAAGGCUGAGUCGUGGAGCAGCGUCUCCAAGGCCGAGUCCAUGGAGACACUUCCCGAUAGAACUAAGUCUCACAUGGAGGUGUCCCUCAAGAAAACUGACUCUUGUGACAGCGGCAUCACAAAGAGCGACCUGCGUUUGGACAAUGUCGGAGACGCCAGGACACCACAGGACAGGAGUCCUGUUCAGUCCGACGAGAAGAGGGUCUUCUGCCCGAUACCGGAGCAGAGCAUGCAAGCCUCAUUCCUUGAGCUGAAACAAGAUUUAAGGGGAGACAUCGGAUCUCUGAACAGUCGAAUGGCGGCAAUGGAAGGUCAGUUAGCCGAGAUGCUUCGUCUUCUCAAAUCCCGGAAGUCGUCGGGCUCCUUCUUUGACAUCUCGCGGCCGCCGUCCCCCGACUCCGAUAAGGACAGUUUCUCUUAAACUGGACAUCGGUCCACGGGAACGAAACUUGAACCCCUUUGGCCUCCGGAUGUCAGAACCUCUGACUGCAGCGUGACGCUGAAGCACCGUGUAACGUUUGUUUUGUCAUUCUGCUGUUCAAGACGUUACAAACGUCCAAAAUGACGUGAAACUUGAGACGAGGAAAAGUCGGAUCUCGACUUUGAUCAGAGAUCAUAGAAAAGAGUCUUGACAUUCACAACGGCACCUUUGGUCCUCAGGAGGGUUUGUCGCCUGAAGACCUUCACGCGAUAUCGGCAAUAAUAACAGAUGGCUUUAAUGUACUGUGAUUUGGUGACUCUGACCUGGUCUCGUGAAGACUGGUCUACAAAGUCUGUUCAGCUUCCCAGAGAACUCCAGAUCCUGAAGGCUGAUUGGCUGUCAGCACUCUGAUUCAAAAGAAGGCUUACGCACUUCAAAAUGGUUGUUUUUCUACCAAGACCGUUAAAUCCUUCAAGUAGAGACGUAUCUUGAAUCAGUGCGUUUACGUGCAGUUUAAAGACGAGUUUUUAUUGGGGUUAAGGCGAUACCUGUGGUUUCUCAAACGCCAUGUAAACACCUCGUUCCCCCGGCUACAAUCAGAGUUCUCAUACCCCGGUUAACAGACCUAGAGAACUCCUUUAGUAACCGGGGGAUUCGUGCAUGUGCACAGUGCCAUCUACUGUACCGGAGGAAGAGUUACUCCGGUCAUUCUUUCGUGGGAGAACUGGGUCAGACCGUAACCCGGUUACUGCUGCGCAUGUAAACGCACUGACUGAUUCAACCGCAGCUGGAAGCUUUUUCGACACCGUUGAGAAACAAAGUCAAGAUCGACGUCAACACUCUGAGUAGGCGAGAUGUUUCCAGAGCGUCGACGAAUGACUGGAACAGGCCAAUUUGUGGAUUCGUUCCUGUUCUUACAAAUUCCUUUAACCUUUGAAUUGAUGAUUUCUCUACUUCCACGUAUCGUAGGUUGUUUUCUCUGGUUAACACUGUUUGAGAAUUGACCGCUUUCUGUUCUGUGACCCGAGUAACUGACAUUAGUACCAAUAAUCCUCUGAGAACCGAAUGCAGACUAAGUCACUGUGCCCGGACUUCACGAGACGUCUUCAACAGUGUUUUUAUAUCCAACAGGAAAGUGAAUGUUUUUAAUGCUGCAACCAGUCGCUUCGAUGACCCGACUGAAAGGUGGGAAUUAUCAUUAUCACACCUGUCAGAGGCUUAACUUGCUCAUACACUCACGAAAACUUGGCCACAUGCAUAACUCGUGGUUGAACUUUUCUACGUCUGGAAUGUGUCUUCUGCAUGCGCGUGGCUUGAUGGCUUGACCGCACCCCUUAAACUCCAGCCCCUGUGACGAGUUCUCGCCAGGAUGCGUGACGUUUCGUGGACCGAAUCGAUGACUGUAGAAUUAAAUUCAGCCGCAAACAUUGUAACGGAACAAACGUAAAACAAUCUACAGUUGACGGUCUAAUCUGUUCACGACUGGAAACUGGCACAGCGAAACAUUCCGACGCAUCGCGACUUGUCGAAGCUUCGCGACGCGUUCGGAGCUUCACGACGCGUUCGGAGUUUCGCGACGCGUUCGGAGCUUCGCGACGCGUUCGAAGCUUCGCGACUUGUCGGAGCUUCGCGACGCGUUCGGAGCUUCGCGACGCGUUCGGAGCUUCGCGACGCGUUCGGAGCUUCGCGACGCGUUCGGAGUUUCGCGACGCGUUCGGAGCUUCGCGACGCGUUCGAAGCUUCGCGACUUGUCGGAGCUUCGCGACGCGUUCAGAGCUUCGCGACGCGUUCGGAGUUUCGCGACGCGUUCGGAGCUUCGCGACGCGUUCGAAGCUUCGCGACGAUUUCGAAGCUUCGCGACUUGUCGGAGCUUCGCGACGCGUUCGGAGCUUCGCUCCUUCCAGAGGAAACGUCUCGACGAUCAUCUGACCCGUACGUUUGUCUUGACUGUGCUUGUGUAGCUGUGAUAAACAAUAUGUCGUCCUAAUAUGCAACUGUUGCCGUGUGCGCUGUGUUCUGAGAGACUGGUUGUUGAUCGUGGCACUUUGAGAAUCUCCCGUCGUCCCUCGAACACAACUGAUGCACUUUGGUCGUCCGUCGUCGUCCCGCAUGACGCUCGCUGGUGUCGGACGCUCUCUUUGUUAGUUCUUUCAGAGGAAGACUGAAGCCGCUCUGACUUUGCCUUGCUUCUCAAAUAUCUGGGAGGACUUGGGGGUUUCCUUCUCUCUCUGAACUUCUCUACCUUCUUCUGUUCACAUGUAACGUCACGACCGGCGUCUGUGCAUGAAGAGCAGCUCGCUGUCGUCACUGUCACAUAUGCACAGAUUUUUGGAAAAGCUUGAGAGGAAAACCUCGUCGUAACCACAGAUAUAUAUUCUUAACUUGUUCUUCACUUAUCGUCAGGAAUGAAAACUGUAUCAGCACAAAGAGUCUUUAUAAAAAGAAAUCACAUCAGAUAUCAUCAAUAAAUGAUUUUAUACUUUU